AUCGACUAAUGUUGGCAGUAUUUUAAGUUUACUCAUAAUUCGAAAUGUAUGCAUUAGGAAAUUUUUGUAAAUAACUUGAGUUAGAUUUUAAUUUCAAUGAUCUAUAGUUCAUAAAUUUUCAAUCAGUCUCUAUGUAUUUUAGGAGGGUUUAAAUAAGAUUUUAAAUUGUCUUUUUGUAGAAAAAAAAACAAUGUUUUUAAACAUGUGGUAUAAUACUUGUGAUAUGUUUUUCAAUUUUAAACAUUGAUUCCUUCAUUAAGUUAUUUUUUUUUAUUUUACUUCUGAAGCUCUUCACUUUGUUUUUUACUUCGCCAAAAUGUCUAAGUCAUUAUUAGAAACCUCCAUUCAACAUUCAACCGUUAGUGUGCCGAAAGAUGUUUUAGAACAAGUUUCUAAAAUGGUUGAUAUCCAAAUGCAGGCUGACAAUUCUUUUCCAGAAUUAGUGGACUGCCUUAAAAUGGGAGGAGCUACAUUGCCUACUGUAAGUGGUUUAAAUGAUCAAGAUUAUCCUGGUGUUUCUGAACUUAGCAUUAGUCUUCAUUCUUUAGCUCAACUGUCGACUGUCAAAAGAAUUCCGUUACCACCGGAAUUAGUAGAACAAUUUAGCUUUAUGCAAAGUAAUUGCCAAAUGGGAUUAUUUCCUGAAAUCGGACGUGCCUGGUUGACAAUUGAUAGCAACAUCUUUCUAUGGUCAUUUCACGAUGGGAGUGACCUUGCAUAUUAUGAUGGCAUCAAGGAAACAAUUCUCUGUGUUGGAUUAGUAAAACCAAAGCCUGAUAUAUUUCAAGAUUUUAUUCAUUACCUAAUUUGUCUCACCACUCCUAUUGAAAUUGUUAUUCUUGGAGUAAAUUUUACAAGAAAAAAUAAAGAUUCCCCAGCUUUUGAAGAAAUGCACAUGCUUCCUGAAGCACUUUUUUCAUAUCCAACUGAUAAUGUGCAUAUGUGUACUUUUGAAGGAACUGAGAGUGGCAGAAUUUUUCUGGGUGGUAUAGAUGGAUCUAUUUAUGAAUUUACCUAUCAGCCGCAAGAUAGAUGGUUUAGCAGAAAGUGUAGGAAAAUUAACCACUCUAGUAGUGUUCUAUCUUACAUCGUACCAUCUUUUAUUAGUUUAGCAUUUACAUAUGAAGAUGCUGUUCUUCAAAUAGCAGUGGACAACACUAGAAAUAUUUUGUAUGCUAGAUUUGAAAAAAGUUCGAUUCAGGUGUUUGAUCUUGGAAAAGAUGGUAAACAGAUGAGUAAAGUCCAUGUACUUCAGCAGGGCCAAAUGGUUUCGCAAGCUGUGUCAGUGGCCACGACAAUUGAUAAAAAAUACCUAUAUCCAAUAAUUCACAUUAGUCCCAUUGAAGCAACUGAAUCCAAGCUAGUACAUCUCGUUGCUAUUACUCAAUCAGGUGUUCGACUUUACUACACGACAAAUGGUGGUUUUGGAGAUGACCGACCAUACACUUUGUCUCUUCUUCAUGUUCGACUACCACCUGGUUUUACUGCUAGUGCAAUAGCGAGACCACUAAAUGUGCAUAUGUCAUAUUAUAAGAAAGGAUUUACUUUGCUGGCAUCAUCACAGAAUGAAGAUAAAGAUGUGGUAUUUGCUACCUCAAAUGAUUCUUUUGCGUUUUAUCCUCAGCUCAUUGAAACUCAUAGUACUUUCCUGCUGGAUGGUCACACUUGCUGCAUUGCUGAAGUCCCUACAAGAUUACCCAUUAAGCAAGAAAUAACUUGUGAUCCCCCUGCAAUGGUCACUCAACACAAAGAUCCAGCUAGACUAUUUGUCUUUCUUUCAACACAGGGAUGCUUCAUGUUAAGAAAACCAAAACCUGUUGAUCAAUUGUGUCAACUUUUGAUUGAUAAUAAAGGUCCUGAUUCUGAGGCUGUCAAAUCAUUUUUUAUGAUUCACAAGGAAGCUCAAGCAUGUGCAAUGUGCGUGAUUUUAGCGUGUUCUCAAAGUCUGCAAGAAAAACAAGUGGCUGAAUGGGCCAAUCGAGCAUUUUUGAUGUAUGGAGGAGAGCCUCAUUAUGCAGCAAUACCUGCUGCUAAUGCUUAUGAUUGUCCAGCCAGUCCUAUUGGGUCACAGAUGAAUAUGGGGCGUCCAAAUACGACAUAUCCUGCAGUGUGGGCUAGUACUCCUCAAAAUCAGCAGCAUAUUGCCGGAACUUUGCCUCAGCCACAAUUUUCAAGUGCAUAUAGUCCAGUCAAACCUAUUAUGACUCCAAUGCAACAGCCAACUUCACCUGUUGCUUCUAGUUUUUCUCAACCUUCGGCAAAUACCACUCUUGCUCCUACAUCAGAAAUAGUAUACUCUGGAAAACAUAAUGGCCUGUAUUUGUAUUUUUCCAGAUUAAUAAGGUCUAUAUGGAACAUGAAAUUAGUUUCUGAAAUGAAAGAAGUUUCUGAUACUAAACUUGUAAGCAAUAUUACAUCAGAAGAAAUGGCACUUUAUCUGCAACAGCUGUCUACAUUAAAAGUAUUCCUCAAAAACAAUAGUCAUGCUUUUAAUAAUCCCAUUGAAUCUACUGGUUUAGCUAAAUAUGGUAUGUCUAGAUUUUUUAAGAAAAAUGAUCAGGCUUCAUCGGGAGACGCUGUUGCAUUAGGCUACAAAACAAAAACUCAAAAUGAAGCUGAAUUACAAGAACGAAUAUCACUAGCAAAUUUUCAAAAGCUUGUAAAUCACACUUACGAAAUGUUAGCAUUAUGGAAAAUACUUUGUGAUCACCAAUUUCAUGCCAUUCUGAACUAUCUUACCCCGAUGCAACUUGAUCUGUUAAAACUGCUUACAUUUAAAGAUUUCGUCAUAGAUGGAAGAGAGCUCUCAGUAUGCUUAACAAAUGCAUUAAUAAAUCUAUAUUUGGAGGAUAAUGCUAGUACUGGUUCAAUCAGCCAACGUUUGAGAGAACUAUGUCCUUCCAUCUACCGUGUUGAAGAUGCUACUGUGUCUAAGGCUCACGAGAUGGUUCUGAAUGCUAAAAGCAUAGCAAAUAAAGUAGACAAGGAGCAACAACUGUUUGAAGCUUUGAAACUUUGCAAAUCUAUUGCACCUUGUGUUGAUCUUGGCUUGAUGUCUGGACUCUUCAGAAGUGUUGGAUUUUAUGAUGGUAUCGUCGAUCUCUGUCUCUGCUGUGCUCAACGUCUGGAUCCUCAAGGCUUAGCUCUGCAUUAUUAUAAAAAUGGUGAACCUAAAGAUGAUCACCAAGGUUUUCAAGCAUUCAUUAAUAGGAGGAACUGUUACAAGCACGUCAUUGAUGCAAUGAAUGAAUUAGUAUCACAAAGUAUGUCACAUCCUCAAUCGCCAAGCGUGCCAAAGGUUCCGGGACCACCUCCUUCUAGAGAUCCUAACCUGUUAGCUCCGGAAGCUGCCAAAGUAUAUUCAGAGAGAAUAUUUGACAUGGCUCUGAAAACAGAUGAUGAAUUGUUUCAUGUUGCCUUGUAUGACUGGCUAAUUGAAAACAAUGACUCAGAUUAUUUGCUCUAUAUAAAAUCUCAUUUCCUUGAAGAUUAUUUAAAGCGUCGUGCUUCAGUUCGACCAGACAAUUUAUACAUCUUGAAUUUACUCUGGAAAUAUUAUGAAAAAAAUCAGAAUUUUUCUGCUGCGGCUAGGGUUCUUGCUAAAUUAUCUGAUAAACAUGGAGUUGAAAUCAGUUUAUCUCAAAGAAUUGAGUAUUUAUCUCGAGCUAUAAUGUGUGUAAAAGGUUCUGAAAUGAGAAUAUCUACUAGUGGAGAAGGAGAAUUCUUACAUGAAUUAGAAGAAAAAAUGGAAGUUGCACGUAUUCAACUACAGAUUUUGGAGGCUCUACAACAAAAGAGGACUGAGGCUUUACAAAGAAAAAUGCCCAUUAAUCAGAAAGCUGUUGAUGAUGCUAUUAAUGCACUCAACUCCAAUUUUCUCCCCAUACAAGAUUUAUAUGAAAAUUAUGCGGAGAGAUACAAUCUUCCGGAAUGCUCAUUAGCAAUUAUGGAAUGCGGAGCAGUUGAUGACGAUCAUCGUAUUAAAUCAUUAUGGCAAAGGAUUAUUGAGAAAGAACUGUUGGCAACAAUGGGAAUGAUGCCAGCUUCCCGAGUAAAGGUUUUGCAGCAGAAAUUAGCACAGAUUAGUCAGCUGUAUGUUAACUCUGAAAAGUACUUUCCAAUAGAGUUCAUCAUAAAAGUCUUGGAAUUGAAAACGUGUUGCUUAAAUUUUGAAGUAUCCUGGGUUUAUGAGACUUUGCUCAAUCUCGGAUUGUCCAUUGUUGAUUUGUUGAAGAUUUACCAUGCUCUGUAUGACUUCAAAGAUUCUUGUUGGAUGCAAUGUGAAAAUCCACUGCAUCUACUUAUGGUGUUAGCAAGCCUUAUUGAACAUUAUGCUGAUAUGCCUUCAAUUGUUUCACUGAAUGAAAGGAGAUCUUUCACAACAUUCUGCUUGGAUGUGAUGUCAGGGUAUCUUGUUGAUCUUCAAGCUAUGGAUUCUACCAUACCAAAUGUCACUAAUCUCAUUUCCAAUUUCAAAUCUGUUCAACGUAAGCUAGAAAGAUUGCCCUGAUGUUAGAGAAAAAUAGCUGAUUAAUAUAAUUUUUAAUAUAAAAAUUUUUUAGCCCUUUUCUACAGACUUUUGUACAAACCUUAACUUGAACUUUCAAGAAGAGAAAAGUUAGCAUGCAUGUAAAUUGAAUGGAAGGAACAGCUGCUAUUUUCUGUGUGAUCAUUCAUCAAUUAAUGAAAAAAAAAUAUUGUGCUAUAUUGUUUAUUUUCUUAUUUGUUUGUAAUUAUUAAUUAUGGGGAAAAAAGACCAUUGGUGCACUUAUCAACUCAUUCUUUUCAUGUUAGUUAUGUCUUUUAUGAAAUUUCAAAUUAAAAUUCAUUAAUUCAUGUGUAUCUUUUUAAUUCAUUUUGUGGAGUAGUAAAAACAUUUUGCAAAAUUAUGUAUAUCUUUUAUAUCUUCUAAAAAAAUGUGUAAUCUUUUUCAUUGUGAUGAAUUUUUGUUCAGAAUUUGAUUAAAAAUUGAAUGAAGUAUUUUGUCUAAAAUAUA